GGUCGGUGGGCGUCUCCUAUCUCUUGGGCAUGAUCAAUCCUACAUUUUGAAUAUCUCCAGACUCUGCCAUCCUCUCAACUCUUCCAAACUCUGUUCUCUCACCUUCGCCCGCCCCCUCGUCACCCCUCAUCCAACUCCUCUCAUCCCCCCGGUUCACAAUGGCGACCAACUCGAUCAAGCUUUUGACUGGCAACAGUCACCCCGAGCUUGCGAACCUCGUGGCUGCUCGGCUUGGCAUUGAAUUGACCAAGAUUAUGGUUCUGCAAUACUCGAACCAGGAAACCAGUGUCACGAUCGGAGAAAGUGUGCGAGAUGAGGAUGUUUUCAUCUUGCAGUCGACGCGGCCCAAUGACAUCAACGAUGGACUGAUGGAGCUGCUCAUUAUGAUCAAUGCCUGCAAAACCGCCUCCGCGAGACGCAUCACGGCCGUCAUCCCCAACUUCCCCUACGCGCGCCAAGAUAAGAAGGACAAGAGUCGUGCUCCGAUCACCGCGAAGCUCAUGGCCAACAUGCUCCAGACUGCCGGCUGCAACCAUGUCAUCACCAUGGACCUCCACGCCAGUCAGAUUCAGGGCUUCUUCAACGUCCCUGUCGACAACCUGUAUGCCGAGCCUAGCAUACUGAAGUGGAUUCGGGAGCACCUGGAUGUGAGCAACUGUAUCAUCGUCAGCCCCGACGCUGGUGGUGCCAAGCGUGCUACCGCCAUCGCCGACCGUCUCGAUCUGCAGUUCGCGCUCAUCCACAAGGAACGUCCCCGCCCCAACGAGGUCUCGCGCAUGGUUCUCGUCGGUAGCGUGAAGGACAAGGUCGCCAUCAUUGUCGACGACAUGGCCGAUACCUGCGGAACUCUCGUCAAGGCCGCCGACACCGUCAUGCAGCACGGCGCCAAGGAAGUCAACGCCAUUGUCGUUCACGGUAUCCUUUCCGGCAAGGCUACCGAGAACAUCAACAACAGCUGCCUCAGCCGUGUGGUUGUGACCAACACCGUCCCCCACGAGGAUAAGAAGGAGCAGUGCGACAAGAUCGAGACGAUCGACAUCAGCCCCACGCUCGCCGAAGCCUGCAGACGUACGCAUAACGGCGAGUCUGUGAGCUUCCUGUUCUCUCACGCUGUCGCCUAAGCGACUGGAUCGGGGAAUUCGUUUUUGCUGGGGAGAGGUUGAUUCAAGAUGGUGUUUGUUAUGUUGCGGCUGUCGCUGUCUGGAGGCAGGCAGGCCGAUAUCCUCGUUUUUUUUUUUUUUUAUGUAGUGCAUAGUCGGAUACUUCUACUCUGAGAGAGACUGGAUCAUGACAUCAAGGCUGUUUUUAGCCCUGGGAUUGAUUGACUGGAUGGACAUAUCAGUCUGUCAUAUUUACUCUUAACGCAAUGAUUGGUUAUGAUGCAUAUGUUACGUUAACUUUUGAGAAAGUGGCACUGGAGGGUUGAUGGAUGGAUGGAUGGGUUGAAAAGUUGAGCGGCGCCUUGGGUGGGUGG